AUGGACUCUGCCGCGAAAGGCGAAAGCCGACGCAUUCACCGACACCGCAGCCGCCGCGUUGGCCCCGCGGCGGCGGUCUGUCCUCACCUCUGCUCAACGUCCGCCGUCGAACUCACGGUGUGGUGCAGGUCUCUGCUCUUCAACGGGCACGGGUACACCGUCUACGACAGUGCCGACGGGAGGAUGAUCUUCCGGGUGGACAACUACGCCCACAAGUGGAGGGAGGAGGUUCUCCUCAUGGAUUCCACCGGCGGCGUCCUCCUCACCGUCCGGCGCCGCCGAAAGGUACGUCUCUAUUGGGGCCGUUGAUCUCGUGUCGGAAUCGCCGUUAGACUUCUCAUCUUCUCGGCAGAUGCUCGGCAUCAAAGACAACUGGGAGGUUUACGAGGGGGAGAUCGACGUCUCGUCAACGCCGGCCCGCCGUCAGAGUCCCCUCUUCAGGGUCACCAAGGCGCUGGGAAACCCUAGCUACACUAUCUCGCCGUGGGGGAAGAGCACGGCUCCGGCUUACCGGAUGAACUGGUCACCCCGCGAGGAAUGGUGCCAGAUUUUCGCCGGAGCGGCCGUUGCUCCGCCGAGGGCCGAGGUGGGCGCUAAAUCUGAGACGCCGCUUAUCGGCAUUGAUGGGUUCUUUGAGUUAACGGCGGGUUUUCUUUCGAAGAGCAGAUCACCAGGAAGUGCGGGGGCGUUGCGCGAGGGGAGCUGCUGGGGAGAGAUGUACUGGCCGUGAAGAUUCAACCGGAGAUGGAUCAGGCUUUGGUGAUGGCUCUCCUCAUGAUCAACGACGCCAUGCGGUGA